AUGGCUGGUGAAAGGACUGAAGCUUCACCACCAGACUUGGAGGGCGCUUUUGCGAAACAACAAGAAACCUUGCGCUCGCACUCGUUCCAGUUGGUGAGACUGCAGAACCAGAUCCAGCAACUGCAGAAUAAACACUUGCAGGAUGUUGAAGAGAAAGCGGACAUGAUGGCAGAAAUUCACCGUUCUCGUAGCGAGAUUGCGUACCUGAAAGGCAGGCUGGCUUGUCUUGCUGUUGAGUUCUAUUCUACUUCAACCUGCGCCGCUACAAACCAUCAUGCCCCCAGCCGUUCUUUCAAUGGUUCAGCGACCGAUUAUGCGCAAAAAGAGCCAACAGAGGAAAAGACCGACCGGCCUUGCAUGGCCACCGUGGAGGCGCUUCGAGCAGCGGUAGAGCAGAUGGCUGACCGGCUCCUGUCCGAACAGAGACCAUUUUUGAUGCGAGUAUUGCAAGAUUUUGCUAGUGAACUAGAUCCUUUGCUCUUGCAGCUCGGAAACGGGGAAAACAAGGCUGGCUAA